AAAAAGAGUAGAAAAAGAAGUAAUUGAGACCUCAGGCUGGCGGCAGCGGUGGCUGAGCAGUGGCCAAGCUGGCACAACCUGUGCGACACAAUUUUCAUAGUGACUACAGCUGACUCCAACAAUCUGAAAAGUGAAACCCCUCCAAUAAUAUCUCCUCCUUCUCCCACUUCCCUCCGCCAAUCUCGCUUUCAUUCCAAUUUUUUCUUUAACAUUUUGUGAUUGAAAAGCACGAAGACAAGAAAAAGCAGAUUUGAUCCCGAAUACAAUAGGAUAAAGAUGCAGAAGGUGAAGGAUCAAAGAGCAAGAUCUUUGAAACCGACCACAAUCCAUGGCUUUGCGCAGUGUGGAGAUUUCAGCGCCUUCCAGAAAUUGCUUCGCGGCAAUCCGUCUCUUCUCAAUGAGCGGAACCCUGUUAUGGCACAGACACCUCUUCAUGUUUCUGCUGGUUACAAUAGCAUUGAGAUAGUAAAAUUUCUUCUUGAUUGGCAAGGACCUGAAAAGGUGGAAUUGGAGGCCAAGAACAUGUAUGGAGAAACUCCAUUGCACAUGGCAGCUAAGAAUGGAUGUAAUGAAGCUGCGAAGUUGCUUCUUGGUCAUGGUGCUUUUGUUGAGUCCAAAGCAAAUAAUGGGAUGACUCCUUUGCACCUUGCUGUUUGGCACUCACUUCGAGCUGAAGACUUUUCAACUGUCAAUACAUUGCUAGAGUAUAACGCCGAUUGCAGUGCUGAAGACAAUGAGGGAAUGACUCCUUUAAAUCAUCUCUCUCAAGGCCCAGGUAAUGAGAAGCUGCGGGAUCUCCUCCUCCGGCAUCUCGCAGAGCAGCGGAAACGAAGAGCUAUUGAAGCAUGCAGUGAGACAAAAGCCAAGAUGGAAGCACUUGAAAAUGAAUUGUCACAUAUAGUGGGUUUACAUGCUCUUAAGUUACAACUCCGGAAAUGGGCAAAGGGCAUGCUCUUGGAUGAAAGGCGUCGUGCUCUUGGGCUUAGAGUUGGAGCUAGAAGACCACCCCAUAUGGCCUUUCUUGGAAAUCCUGGAACAGGUAAGACUAUGGUAGCUCGGCUCCUGGGGAAACUCCUACAUAUGGUGGGCAUACUUCCAACUGAUAGGGUAACAGAAGUUCAGAGAACAGAUUUGGUUGGAGAGUUUGUUGGUCAUACAGGGCCGAAGACCAGAAGAAAGAUCCAAGAAGCAGACGGGGGCAUUCUGUUUAUAGACGAGGCUUAUCGGUUAAUACCAAUGCAGAAGUCGGAUGAUAAAGACUAUGGAUUAGAAGCACUAGAGGAGAUCAUGUCUGUCAUGGACAGUGGGAAAAUAGUUGUUAUAUUCGCUGGCUACAGUGAACCAAUGAAGCGUGUAAUAUCUUCAAAUGAGGGCUUCUGCAGACGGGUGACUAAGUUUUUCCACUUUGAUGACUUUAGUUCUAUGGACCUUGCAAAGAUUCUUCAUAUUAAAAUGUCUAAUCAGGCUGAAGAUAGUCUAUUGCAUGGAUUUAAAUUGCACAAUUCGUGCACAGUAGAGGCCGUUGCGGCCCUUAUAGAACGAGAAACCACUGAAAAGCAGCGUAAGGAGAUGAAUGGAGGUAUAGUAGACCCAAUGUUAGUAAAUGCUAGAGAAAACUUGGAUUUGAGGAUUGAUUUUGAAUGUGUAGACCCAGAUUCUUUACUUACAAUUACCUUAGAGGACUUGGAAGCCGGGAUUCGGUUGUUGACACACUGAGUGGCAGAAAAUCUGAAAGCCAGAGAAAAUACAGUAAGCUCAAGUAGGAGUGCUAAUACAUUCUUUGCUCUACAUUCUUUCUCAAGUGAUCAAUCUGAGUUCACAUGAGAUAAAAACAAAUGGCACAGAAAUUCAGUUUAUUCUCUUUAAUUUUUCAGUUUUCUUCUGAUUCUGUAAUUCAUGAUAUUUCACAUUUAUUCAUGCCCAUAUGUAUUUCAUUUACAUGUAGCUGAGCUAUAACACUUCUAGAACUGUUUGAUAUUCUUUAA